AUGAAGCCCACCACUUCCGCCGCCGCCGCCGCGGCGGCGGUCACCACCGAUGACCCUUCCCCUUCGCCGUCCGACUCCACGUCGGCGACGUUCACGGUCGACCGCCACGGGGACGCCUCCGCCUCCUGCCGGUGGACGCUCCCGGACUUCCCCCGCACCCGCGCCCGCACCUUCUACAGCCGGUACUUCGAGGUCGGCGGCUUCGACUGCCGCCUCCUCCUCUACCCGCGCGGCGACUCGCAGGCGCUGCCGGGGUACCUCUCCCUCUACCUACAGGUCCUCGACCCCAAAACCCCGGUGUCGUCGUCGUCAUCCACCACGACAACCACCUCCUCCAAAUGGGACUGCUUCCUCAGCUACCGCCUCUCCGUCGUGCACCCCACCGAUCCCGCCAAGUCGCUGGGCCGCGAUUCCUGGCACCGAUUCUCGUCCAAGAAGCGCUCCCACGGCUGGUGCGAUUUUGCGCCCUCCUCCUCCGCCGCCUUCCUCUUCCAGCCCCACGACGCCCUCGUCAUUGCUGCUGACGUAUCUGUGCUCUCCGAGGCGGCCUCCUUCACUGAUGCCGACGGUCGUUUUACCUGGAAGGUGCUCAAUUUUGGCCUCUUCCGAGAAAUGAUCCGCACACAGAAGAUCAUGAGCCCUGCAUUCUUCCCGGCCGCUGCCUCUGCUGGCGGGACUGACUGCGGGCUCCGGAUUAGCGUCUAUCAGAGCAAUGUCUCUGGCGCAGAACAUUUAUCUGUUUGUCUGGAAAGCAAGGAGCCCGUUGUGCAGGUAGCAUCUGGGUCAUCCGCAUCGGCAUUGGCAUCAGGUGGUACAGGGAGUGGUGUGCCAGAUGGUGAUCGUGGGUGCUGGUGUCUUUUCCGCAUUUCUAUCCUUAAUCAGAGGUCUGGUGGGAGCCAUAUCCACAAGGACUCGUAUGGUCGGUUUGGGGCGGACAGUGCCAGUCUAGGUUGGGGAGAAUACAUCAAGAUGGAUGAGUUUUUGGCUGCUGAUAGCGGAUACCUGGUAGAUGGAGCUGUGGUGUUUAGUGCCUCAGUGCAUGUCAUAAAGGAGUCAAACUCAUUCACUCGGAGCUUGCCAAUGGUUCCCGGAAUAUGUGGUGCUGGUGGUGGGCGUGCUGGGGCUAGGAAGUCAGAUGGACACUUUGGAAAGUUUGUGUGGAGGAUUGAAAGCUUCACAAGACUCAAGGAGCUUCUCAAAAAGCGCAAGAUCGCGGGUCUGUGUAUCAAAAGCAGACGGUUUCAAGUUGGGAAUCGAGAUUGCCGUCUUAUUGUUUAUCCACGGGGGCAGUCUCAACCACCAUGCCACCUGUCAGUGUUUCUGGAAGUUACAGAUCCCCGAAAUACAACUACUGAAUGGAGUUGCUUUGUGAGCCAUCGUCUCUCUGUCAUCAACCAAAAAGUGGAGGAGAAGUCGAUCACGAAAGAGUCUCAGAAUCGUUACUCUAAGUCAGCGAAAGAUUGGGGUUGGCGCGAAUUUGUGACAUUAACUAGCCUCUUUGAUCAGGAUGCAGGUUUUCUCGUGCAGGAUACCGUUGUGUUUUCAGCCGAGGUUCUCAUUCUGAAGGAAACAGCAACUAUGCAAGAGCUUACCGAUGAAGAUUCUGAAAUAUGCAGUUCAACCUAUGGAUGUCAGAUUGAAGCUUUACCAAAGCGGCCAUCAUUCACAUGGAAAGUGGAAAAUUUCUUGUCUUUUAAGGAGAUUAUGGAGUCCAGAAAGAUUUUUAGUAAAUUUUUUCAGGCUGGGGGUUGUGAGCUGCGGAUAGGUGUAUAUGAGUCGUUUGAUACGAUCUGCAUAUACUUGGAGAGUGAUCAGUCAUCUGGGUAUGAUCCUGAUAAGAACUUUUGGGUGCAUUAUAAAAUGGCUAUAGUAAACCAGAAAAAUUCUGCAAAAACUGUGUGCAAGGAAUCUUCAAUCUGCACGAAAACAUGGAAUAAUUCGGUUCUCCAGUUUAUGAAGACUUCGGACAUGGUUGACACUGAUGCUGGCUUUCUUGUUCGGGACACUGUUAUUUUCACUUGUGAAAUCAUAGACUGUUGCCCAUGGUUUGAUUUCUCUGAUCUUGAGGUUUGGGCCUCAGAUGAUGACCAGGAUGAAUUGUCGACAGAUCCUGAUGAACUUGUUGAUUCUGAAGAUAGCGAAGAUAUGAGUGGUGAUGAGGAGGAUAUUUUCCGGAGCCUCCUCUCGAGAGCUGGAUUUUCUCUUACAUACGAAGAUAACUAUACUCAACCACAGGUUACUUUAAGAGAGAAAAUUCUAACAGAUGCUACUGCGAUAGCUGGAUUCCUUACUGGUCUGCGUGUUUAUCUGGAUAACCCAGCAAAAGUUAAGCGUAUGCUUCUUCCAACCAAAGUAUCCACCAAGAGUGGUGGAAAGAAAGAUGCUUCAAAGUGUGAUUCAAGCUCAAGCUCCACAAGUCUCAUUAGCUUGUUGAUGGGGGUUAGUGCCUUGAAGCAGGCUAUCAUAGAUUUGCUUCUAGAUAUAAUGGUUGAGUGUUGCCAACCUUCAGAAGAAAGUGGUUCCUCAGCAAGCACUAAAGCUUCUCCUGAUUCAAAUGGGGCUAGCUCUCCACCAGAGCUUAGCGUUGAAGGUGAACUAACAGAAUGUGCAUGCAAUGAUGUGUAUGCGAGGGUGGAAUCUAAUAGUGAUGAUAUUCGAGAUAGUCCUGCAAUGUGUAAUACAGAUUUGGCUGCAACUGAGAUCGCUGUAAAUAAUCUAGAACAUUCCUGUUUUCCUCCAGAAACAUCUGCUGCUGAUUUGCCAGCAGAUGAAGGCCCCGAGCUGGCUUCCUGGUCAAAAUGGCCAGAGCAAUCAGAGGAACUGUUAGGGUUGAUUGUUAAUUCAUUGAGGGCAUUGGACAGCGCUGUCCCACAUGGAUGCCGUGAACCAAGAAGGCGGCCCCAGGCUGUCCGAAAGAUUGCACUUGUCCUUGACAAAGCUCCAAAACAGCUCCAGCAAGAUUUGAUUUCCCUUGUACCAAAGUUGGUGGAUGGUUCGGAACACUCCCUUGCAGCUUGUGCCCUAUUAGAUCAUCUUCAAAAGCCAGAUGCAGAGCCUUCAUUGAGAUUGCCAGUUUUUGGUGCUCUUUCUGAGUUAGAACUUGAAAGUGGUAUCUGGAAACAAGCAUCUGUUCAUGCACUUGAAUUAUUGUCUGACUCAAACGAUGAGCCUCUUGUAGCUGCCAUUACUUAUGUUCUUAAGGCGGCAUCACAGUGUCAGCAUCUUUCUGUAGCGCCAGAUGUAGCUGAAGCUAUAUUGAAGGAUAUUGAUUCUGAUUGUGAGCCUGAAAACAACUGCCUAUCAUCAACAUCGCCUUGUAGUACUUGUUCUACAGAUGGGCUUUCAGUUGAAGGGAUGUAUUCUUGGCAAGAGCAAGCUGUGCAUGGAAGAAGUCAUGUAUCAGAUGUUUUUGCACUGAUUGAAAUGUUAUCAAUGCCUGGAUUAUUUGUUGAAGUCGCACAGGUUUUUGAGAGGGCUUUAUUGCGAGGGUCCUUUGGUCUACAAUUAGUAGCCAUGGUGCUGGAAAGAAGACAUUCUUACAGGUCAAGUUCAAAGUCUGGGUCUGUUGUGAAUGAUUCACAGAACAAACAAGUUCUGUUAGAUGGGCAGUUUGAACCUUUAUCUGUCCAAGAAAAUGAUUUCACUUCAGUCCUUGCACUUUGUGAGGUAUUAUCUCUAUCUACAGAAACGAAGGUUCAAGAUUUUGUGCGGAUGCUUUACGCUAUCAUAUUUAAGAUUUAUGCCGAGGAUCAUUAUAGAUAUAGAAUUCUUAAGGGCCUUGUUGAUCGAGCAACAAAUACAUCAGAUAACUGCCGAGCAGUCGACAUCGAUAUGGAUGUCUUGGUAUUUCUUGUUAAGGAGGAGUGUGGGAUUGCGAGACCUGUUUUGAACAUGAUGCGUGAGGUUGCUGAAGUUGCUCAGGCUGACCGUGCAAAUCUUUGGCACCAAAUAUGUGCUACUGAAGAUGAAAAUAUUCGUCUUCAAGAGGACAUGGAAAUGGAGCAAACAAAUUUCACCAACGAAAAGAUUGCACUAAACCAACAGCAAACUGAGUUGGAGGCAACUAUUGGCGGUCUAAGGUCUGAGCUAAAAGCUGAGAGGGACCGUUUUACUCGUGAGAAGAAGGCAUUAUCCGAUCAGAUGCGAGAGAUUGAGAAUCAGUUGGAAUGGGUGCGAUCAGAGAAAGGUGAUCAGAUUGCAAAGCUCUCUGCUGAAAAGAGGAAUCUUCAUGAUCGUCUUAAUGAUGCAGAGUCACAACUCUCCUUGGUGAAAGCACGGAAACGUGAAGAAUUAAAGAAAGUGACAAAGGAGAAAAAUACAUUAGCAGAACGGCUGAAGAAUGCUGAAGCUUCAAGGAAAAGGUUUGACGAUGAAUUAAAACGUUAUGCAGCUGAAACACAGACUCGUGAAGAAAUUCGAAAAUCACUUGAGAAUGAAGUGAGAAGGCUGACACAGACAGUUGGGCAAACAGAGGGAGAAAAAAAGGAAAAAGAAGAGCAAAUUACUCGUUGUGAAGCAUACAUUGAUGGGAUGGAAUCCAAACUGCAAGUUUGCCAGCAAUACAUUCGGACACUUGAAACGUCACUCCAAGAAGAGAUGGCCCGGCAUGCUCCACUAUAUGGUGUUGGCGUAGAAUCACUGUCGUUGGAUGAGCUGGAUGCACUUGCAAACAUCCACGAGCAGAGUUUAAGGCAGAUCAAAGCUAUCCAGCAAAGGAAAGGUAGCAGCCAUCUCUUGGGUGGCCCUGCCCUUUCUCACAUCCCUGCCCUAUUCUCCUCGCCUCCUUCAGUGGCAGUUGGCCCUCCGGCCUCACGGAUCCCCACAUCCCCAAUGGCACCCAACGGUGCAGGGAUCCAUGGGAAUGGGCACCUGAACGGCGCGACGGGCCGCUGGUUCAAUCCGAGCUGA